GGUCUUGGUUGCUGCCUACUGCCUACCGACCUGCGUGGCCUCGAGUCGCGGUGUUUUGAAGCUUCGUCCUUGUCCCUCCGCCUGCUAGUCGCCGCAGUCCUUGUUCCUUGCCUCCGCCGUCUUCUAUUCACCGCAUGCCCCGUCCAUACUCUUGUCUUCAAUCAUGGAUGCGUUAACGGCGCGUCACAACGCGCUGCCUUCACCUUCACCUUCACCUUCACCUUCACCACCGGGCAGUUUGGGCGUUGAGCCACCCGUAGCUCGACCGCCCCAUACAAACACCCCAGCGACAAUAGAGUGCAGUCUGCCCAGAGAGCAGUCCUCCGGCCACUUCCCAGCUCAUUCUUCCCACGAGGAUCCCCACGAGCAAGGCACGGAUCAAUCUCGCGCCGUAGGUGAAGGCGCUGUUGCACUUACGCGCCACAAGGUGGAAGAGAAUGAUCCGGGGAUACAAAUACCUACCUACGGCACUGAAUAGCGACCGACUCCCUCGCUCACACACGACCACAACUAUAAUACAAUACGGCAUCGCGCAGUGUACAGAACCCGGAGUACGGCCGCAUAUCCUCAGGCUCUCCUACUGGGAGCGAGUCAAUACUUUCGCAUUAUGCGAGCCAGGUUAACCGCCAGAAGCCGUCAGGACGUUUGCGCGCGCAAGAGCUAGGCGUGGCAUCUUCGUCUUAGGCCUCGAGGUCCCUCCGGCUUCUCGAGUGACGAACAGUUCGGGGAAACAUCUUUUUACACUCGGUG